AUGUCCCAUUCGGGCGCACCUUUGAACCAGCACCAAGAGGGCCCCAAGGGGAUUAGGGGGCUGCUUACGGGGCGAGUGGGCGAAGGCGGCUGCGGGAGAGCUCCCGGCGCUGCCGAGCCCGCGCCGCCCGAAUCCCCGGCAGGAGGAGAGGAAGCAGAUGGCGGGGCAGGAGAGCACUCGACCGGCAGCCCCGGCGAGCCGGAACGCGCCUCGGCGCGCUGCGCCUCACAGUGUGGCAGCGGGAGGCGGGGAGGGUGUGGAGGCUGCGGGCGGUCCCUGCCGGAGCCCCGAGGCUCCCCCGCCCAGCCCGGCCCGCGCGGGGCCCCGGCUGUGCGAGCGAUUAAUUCAAGAUGGCGCCGGCGCCCUCCGCCCCCCCCCCCGCGCGCCGCCAUUUUGUCUCCUCCUCCAGACACCUCCGAGCCCCCCCCGGCCGGGCCCGCGGCCCCUCACCGGCCCCACUCGCCUCCCCCCGCGCCCGCAGCCACCCACCUCCACUCCGCGUUCCUCACGCCACCUACCCCGCCGUCCCGGGCCGCGCCGGGCGUGUGGAACUCGCCGGCGCAGAGCCCGCGGCCCGCUCCUGUGGCGGAGCCCUGGCGCGGCCUAGCUGCGGCCUCCUCGCGGCCUGCGCCGCGGCCUGUGCGGGCAGGGGGAGGCCCGGGCCGGGCGGGCGGCAGGGCCCGGCCCGCGGCUCUUACCACUGUGAAUUUCUUUGAAACAGUUUGGAACAUGUUUCCUGUAGAUAUUGUGAAGCCUCUGGAUUUGGAGAUACUAAAAACCCAACUGGACACAGCCUUAAGCAACCUGCUGUAG